AAAACCGUCGAAUUGGCCCAACUACAGCUCAAAUACCAGACCCUUGAGCACAAACAUAAGCAGCUACAAGAGAAGAAGGGCCGCAAGAAAGUACCACCAAAAAGAGGCCGUCAUUUGGUUGAGGCAGACGAUAUCGUGCGAAAACAGCAGGAGUGGAACAAGGAGAACACUACGCCACCACCACCUCGAAAAACACUGCGUUCAGCUAUGAGA